AUGUCUGUUUUAUCCAAUUUUACACAAGCAUUGGAAGAUGCUUUCAAAAAGAUCUUUGUUACUUAUAUGAACAACUGGCGCAGCAACACAACAGCAGAACAAGCAGCUCUCCAGGCCAAAGUCAAUGCUGAGAAUUUCUACUAUGUCAUCUUGUACCUCAUGGUGAUGAUUGGUAUGUUCUCUUUCAUUAUUGUGGCCAUCCUGGUGAGCACAGUAAAAUCCAAGAGACGGGAGCACUCCAAUGACCCAUAUCAUCAGUACAUUGUGGAUGAUUGGCAGGAAAAGUACAAAAGCCAAAUUCUGAGUCUAGAAGAUACCAAGGCUACCAUUCAUGAAAAUGUUGAUGCUGCAGCAUUCAAAAUGUCUCCUUGA